AAGAGGAGAGCUUUUUUGAUGGCUAUCAGAUUGAGAUUAGCUAUUCAUGCUUCUUAGCACAGCCACAAAGACCUGCUUGUAACCUUUCUGGAUUUACUUUAGGUGGGAAACAGUAUGUACAUCAAUAUACUCACUAGUUCAAGUAUAGUUUUCACUCUGAUAUUUAACGCAAUACGUGUCAGGCUAAUCGAGUUUUGUUGGUCCCUCCAUUUGUAAUAGCGGUUUUCUAGCAGUUAUGAAUGAAAGGCUCAGUCUGUCUUGCCUUGCUGGUGCUCUUUUGAACAGCAGGACUUUCCCGAUUUUAUCAGUGCGCACUGGCACCCAAGUCUGGGCUUUAUUGGGUAACACAGUUAUAGUGGUUCAGGGUCUGUUAACUGAUGGUUAACUUUAGAGGGGUCUGUAAGAGGAGCUGCUUUCUGAAGCCGUGCCAACUCUUAAUACUAUUCCAGGUCAGUAGAAGUCUGAGGAGAGGUGGUCUAGUAUGGCAAGUUGCAUUUCAUUUUGCACAGCAGAUUAAACCUACGAGGUAAAAAAAGAAGAAGAAAAGAAUAGGGAACUAUAUAUUCGAAACAUAAAAUCUUAAAUAUAUAAAUGAACAGAUAUAAAUGUAAAAAAUGAGAUAAAUUUGGUCAGCUAUAAACUAAAAUACAUAUAUGGGAAAGUAUAUAAUAAAAUAGAAUAAGUAAUAUAAAAAAAACUCGCUCUGCUUUUAGCUAUCAAAUUUGCAGCAUUUUUCGCUGGGUAGGCUUUUAGUUCGGACCUAAGAAAUUUGAAACUAUUGUCAAUAUAAGUUGUUGGUUUUCUUUUGGAUAGUUUUUAUUUAUUUAUUUAACCCCUCCCAAAAACAACAGUCUGUUGUUUCUUCAAAUCCUUAAAUAAUUUUGUGAGAAAUAAUUGAGGAUUUUGUUUGAAAAAAAAAAAAAAAGUUUGCAGCAUCGGCCAAUGAAAAACCCCGCCCUCACCUGCGUAAAGCCACGCCCACAUGUGCCCUACCGCAUAACAGCGCUGCUGAAUUCUAUACAGUCUCCAAACGUGUCGUGCGGUUUAUUCGGACGUCAAUGUAAAGAUCAGAUGCCUCAGUGACCAAAUGCUGUCUGAAACGGUGAGUAACCAUAUAUUCUAUUCUGUUCGUCCUAGAAUUGUGCCAGAAGUUAUUACACAGUUUUAUUACACAUCUGUCUCGUCAGAAAAGUAUUUGAACUGUUUGAAUUGAUUUUUUAAUGUGUCAAAAACGAAAAUAAUAUUUUAUUGCAUUAUUUAAUAGUAUUAUUUGUUUUAUUAUAUUAUUUUGUUAUAGCCAUUUUAUAUUUGAUACUGUUGCAGUGCAUUAAUAAACCAUAAUAAUUUAGCAAAAUAAGUUUUAAUUGGCAUAUAUAGUAAGUAUACUCCAACUGUUUUAGCAUGGAUGUUUGUGACAUGAAAUAACAUUAUAUAUUAUAAACUGCUUGUUAUUUUAUACAUUUUAUUUUAUUAUAUGUGAGUUAUAAUAGGAAUAUAUUGUUUUGUUGUGCCACAUAGUAUUCCCAAAACUGCCAUUUUAUUUGAUACCUUUGCAUUGUUGUUGGCAAGACUGUAAAUAAUAGUUUUGCACUUCAAGUUUUAAUUGCCAUUUAUCGUCUGUACUCCAAGUACAUUGUUUGUUUGUAUUUUUUUGAUGAGCAUAUUUGUAAUCAGAGAGUUGUUGUGGCAUUUAAAAGCCUUAAGUGAAAAGUAACUAUAUCCAUACUCUCUGGAACAUCAGGCUUCAUAUUUCCGUCAUAUAACAUCUCAGAAUUGACAGAGGUUUGUUUGGGUUUCUCUGAACCACUCCUAGUAUUGUCCCAUUCUAUGGCCUGUGAAAUAAUACUUUGUCAUCCCACGAGAUGAUUUUCACUCUUGAUACCCAAGGGAAACGCUAAUACUUUUGAUAUCUUAAAAACCCAAUCCUGUUUUUACCUGGUCAUCUGUCUGUAUUUCUUACCUCCAUGUGUUCUUGUGUUUUACAGUUUGAAUGUCCAGGUUGUGUUGCAGGUCUUUGUAUAGACUGAAAUGGAGAAGAAAGACUUGAAUAAGUGGCCCGAGGGUGAUUCACGGCCAGCUUACCUCUCCACUUGCAAAUGUAUGACAUUAGCUGCAAUACUGAUUCUUCUCAUCAUUGGGGCUGCUGUGGGUUUUAUGACAGCCUACUUAAUACAAGAGGAACAUUAUUUCAUGGAGACAGUGGAAUUGCAAGGGCUCAGUUAUGAUUCAGACCUGCAAGAUAAAACAUCAGGAUUCUCUGUAGUUCUGACCGCGACUCUGAAAGCAAACAUCAGGAAUAUCUUUGCCGCCUCUGCAGUGGCAAAUCAUUUUAUUGACUGCCAGAUAGUUGCAUAUGGGAAUAUCAACACAAAUGUGAUGACCACUCUUCGUUUGGUCUUCCGGGUUUCUCAAGUCCAGGGGUACACGGAGAACUUUGUCCAAGACCUCCUUCGCACUGGAUUGAAGGCCAUGUUGAACGGGAAACCCAUCAUUGUCCCAGAAUACGGAGAGAUCAGUAGCAUCAUCCUUCUUGGGGCAAGUGGAAAGUCAUUCUAUGAGAUUGGGAAUGACAUAAGUAAAUGUCCUGAGAACACGUUCACUUGUGACAAUGGCGAGUGCAUCACAAAGCCAAAUCCAGAAUGCGACUUUAUAACCGAUUGUGCUGAUGGCUCAGAUGAAGCCUUUUGCUCCUGUGGAACACGUCCUGCCAUGGCUAACCGUGUUGUGGGUGGUGAAAACACCCGUCACGGGGAGCUACCCUGGCAGGUCAGUCUCAGACUACGUGGCCGUCAUACCUGUGGCGCAUCCAUUGUCAACAAUCGCUGGCUUGUCAGUGCCGCUCAUUGUUUUGAAACAGAAAACAACCCAAAAGACUGGACGGCUCUUGUGGGAGCCAAUCUAGUCAGUGGGGAGGAGGGAGAAGCCACCAUAAUAAACAUCAAGUCCCUGGUUGUCUCUCCGGUCUAUGAUCCCAUGACCACUGACAGUGAUGUGACCGUACUGGAGUUGGAAACGCCCUUGACAUUUAGCCCUUAUGUUCAGCCAGUCUGUAUCCCAUCAUCCUCUCACAUUUUCAGUCCUGGGCAGAACUGCAUCGUCUCUGGUUGGGGAGCUCUUAAUCAGUACACCAGUGAUGUGCCUUCUACACUACAGAAGGCAAUCGUGAAGAUUAUUGACUCGAAAGUGUGCAACAAGUCAUCUGUAUACAGAGGUGCCCUCACCCAAAAUAUGAUGUGUGCUGGUUUCCUUCAAGGGAAGGUGGACUCUUGUCAGGGAGACUCUGGGGGCCCUCUGGUAUGUGAGGUGGCUCCUGGGCGCUUUUUCCUAGCGGGCGUGGUGAGCUGGGGUGUGGGAUGCGCACAGAUCAACAAGCCUGGGGUCUAUUCCCGCGUCACCAAACUCCGCAACUGGAUUCUGGGCUACACCAAUACGGCACCAACAAUCCAAGUCGCCCCCACUGUCCCUAGUGUCACGACCACUGCGGCUCAUCUUGUUAAAGCUAUGAGCUCGUCCUCUGAGCUCGCCAAUGAUGAAUAUAAUCCUGCUCCUGGGAACUGCAGUGGUAAUUAUAACUGUGGCGGAAACAAGUGCAUCAGCAAGAUAAACCCAGAAUGUGACAGAGUCGUUGACUGCCCUAAUGAGACUGAUGAGAAAAACUGUGACUGUGGGAAUCGUCCAGCCGUGGGACAGGAGAGGAUUAUCGGUGGUGUCUCUGCCCGGAGAGGUGAAUGGCCAUGGGUGGGCAGUCUGCAGUACCAGCGCACUCACCGCUGUGGAGCUACGCUCAUCCACUGCAAAUGGCUCCUGACUGCUGCUCACUGCUUCAGAGGUGAGCUGAACCCUGCCAGUUGGACAGUAAGUCUUGGGUCAGUCAUUUGGUCUGGACUGGGUGCUCUGGUUAUUCCAGUGCAAAGGAUCAUCCCUCAUCCUGCUUUCAAUAGCAGCACCAUGGAUUUUGAUGUGGCCUUGGUGGAGCUCUCCAUCCCCGCCCCCAAGUCCUACACCAUCCAGACUGUGUGUUUGCCUUCUCCCUGGCAUAGCUUCAUCAAAACUAUGGAAUGCUACAUCAUUGGAUGGGGUGCUGUGAAGGAGGACGGUAUGAUAACUAAUUUGCUGCAAAAAGCACAGGUUAGUGUCAUCGAUCAGUGGGACUGCCAGCGAGCUUAUGGUGCUGAACUUACUGACAACAUGAUGUGUGCUGGCUCGAUGGAAGGGGACAGGGACACAUGUUUGGGAGACUCAGGGGGCCCUGUGACGUGCCGUGAACCCCAGGGCCGUUGGUUCCUGGCCGGGGUGACCAGCUGGGGUCACGGCUGUGGGCGAAUUGGCUUCCCGGGAGUUUACACGCGGGUCACAGCUGUCAGAGAGUGGAUAUCUAUAUACCUCCCUUUUUAAAUAUAAGAUCCAGAAAUGUCCUUCACCAUCUCACAACUGAUGUGCAGUCGUGUCUCUCAACUGAAGAUGCAUGAAACUCAAAUGGAUGACUUUACCAGCAUGUUCAAACUGUACUGUCAAAAUAUUUAUUUUUGGUAUUUAUUAACAAUGCAUUCUGGUGUACGACACACUAGCCCUUGAUGUGCUAUUUGCCAUUUAGGAGAAUAAACCAUAACAAGGCCUCCACAAAAACUGCAGAUUUUUGUGCAAUUUCUGCGCUGAUUUUGAGGGGGAAAUGCUCCAAUUCGGCAGGUUGCAGAUCUCUUGUGGGCCUAAGCAUAACCAGUAUGGCUUAGAAAUAUGUACAAAUAAUGAUCAGAUGGAAGAUAAUUAAAUAUGGUGACAUUUGCUUGCCUAAAGUUUUCUUGAUAAAUUCUGAUUUCAAGAGAUAAAGGUAUUUCACCAGCAGAAUUUAUAUUCCUGUAACAGAAUAUCACAAAAUGGAGGCAAUUUGCUUAGACUUGGUUGAUGCAUUGUUAAAGGGUUAGUUCACCCAAAAAUGAAAAUAAUGUCAUUUAUUACUCACCCUCAUGUCGUUCUAUAACUGUAAGACCUUCGUUCAUCUUCA